CCGGUCUGCUAAGUUGACGCUAGGAGGAAAGCUAGAAUCCACCUCAGUCUUUGGACUUUAUUUACGGCACGCAGAUGACAAAUGUCGUUUUUCAUCGACGACUAUUGAACUUUUUGGUCGUUUGAGAGCAAGUGGCGCUUGUAGAGACUCAGCGGAAGUGAGACCUAGAAUGGAGAAUUGUUUUCGUCCGGUGAGCUGAAAAUGGGAGCCAGCGCUUCUUUAUCGAUCUGUGUAAGUUCUGCUGGGACUAUUUCACGUUUCUCUGGACUUUAAUAUCUGUUCCAGACUCUGAUACAAAGUGACACGUCCUCUGUGAGAAUCCUGUGUUCUACUGCAAAAGUCAGUCCCGAACCUGCAGCCACCACACUGGCCUCAGAGGCGCUCCAUAAAUGUGUGUUUGGAGUUGCUCUGGAUACUCUCCGAGACGACGGACUGAUGGUCUGUGGUGUCCCUCUGGUUUUACGAGACAUGGUGGCGUUUCUGGACAAACACGGGCUGCAACACAGAGGCCUGUUCCGCCUCUGUGGCUCCGUGGCUCGCACCAGGCAGCUCAGACAACGCUGGGACCAGGGGGAGAGGGUGGACCUGGAGAUAGAGGGAGAUGUGCCCACUGUUGCCUCCCUCCUUAAACUCUUCUUCCGGGAGCUGCCCAGCCCUCUAUUUCCUGUGCGUCAGCACCAACAACUGAUCAACUCUCUCAGAGUGUCGCCAGACAUUGAGGAGUUGAAUCAGUCAGUGAGGGAGACUCUCUGCCUCCUCCAAGACGACAACGUCAGCGUUCUGUCUUACCUCAUCCACUUCCUGGCCAGAGUGGCGGCUCACAGUCAGUUCAACCACAUGCCCCUGGAAAACCUCGCCACUAUUUUUGGGCCAUGUAUUUUUCAUGUUCCAGCUGGGCCGCGGAUGCUGGAGGAGCAGAGUGUGUGUAACGGCAUGCUGUUGCAUCUCCUGAAGCAUCACAGUAUUCUCCUACCAUCGUCCGUCACCUCCUCCUCACCUCCGCCUCCAACCUUGUCUGCACUCUCACAUUUGAAGCUUCAACCGAGCAGCUGCGGCUCUGAGCCAGCAAGUGAAGGGAGGUCAGAAGUUUCCAGCUCCUCUGAUCCAGCAGGACAAAUGCAGAACCAUGUCCACAGUGAGGACACAGAGAUCAGUGCCAGCAUUAGCCGGCAGCCAGAAGGAAGCACUGAGGCAGACUGUGUGCCCGUGUCACCCACUGACCCCGGACCAGAGCAGCAGCAUCACCCAAGCAGCCCCUCCCUGAGAGCCAAGGGGCCGCUGUUAGAGGACACCACGCAGGGACGUGGAGAAGACAGCGGCCAGGUGGAGAUGGUGCUGGAGGUGGAGCGCAAUGAUGAGGCACCUUCUGAUGCUGAAGUGCGCUCAGAGGUUGUUGAGGACAGUGACAUCAGCGAAGCACAAAUCAAAACGCAGGAUGCAGAGAGACAGACGCAGGAGGGCCGGCCUGAGAAAGCAACGGUGGAGUCCGAGAGUCCCUCAGUGAAGCUACAAGCACUGGAGGCUGACUCGGGUCCUCUGUCGGCACCAGACGAUCCACAAGCGCCGGACAAACCCUCCAUUCUUUAUCAGCCCAUGAGCAAGGAAACCAGCCUGCCGCUGAGCCACAAGCCGCUGCUGCACUCAUCACCUGCUCUGGACCCGGUUGACUCAUCUCUGCCUGUGGCCAGUCCUUCUCCGGAUUCAUCCUCAUCCAGCCUGGUUUUCAACACAGUUUCUCGCCCCGAGGGUCUUCCAGGCGACGACAGGUUGCCGGGUUCCCCAGACUUCAGCAGCAGCCCGCUGCUCUCCAGUCUCACCACGAGCGACUGCCCCGUCCCCUCACCGAGGUGUCCCAACCUCAGCCACAGUCUGCGCUACAACUUGGACCCCGACACGGCCCCGUCUCCUCCCUGCUCGCAGCACAUCCGCAUGGCUCGCUGCAGCAGCCACACCGAGCCAGAAGAGGGCUCUCUGUCCAUCUCCAUGCUCAACAGACACAUCCACACUUUACGGAGGAGAAUCAGGCGUUUUGAAGAAUGUUUUGAACAAGAGAGGAACUACAAGCCGGCUCACAAUGACAAGACAGCACAUCCGGAGGUGGCCAGGCUGAUGAAGGAGCUGCUCAAGAGUCGGAAGCAGCUGAAAGAGCUGAAGCUCAAACAGUCAGUCAAGGGUGCCAAUGCCUGCAGGUCCAACACUGACUACAAGGAGGCGCGAGCUGGCUCUGAGCUGCAGCAGCGCAACAACAACAGCAACAACAAACCUAACGUGGAGGAAACCUUCAACAUCAUCACCAACCGGCUGAUGGAGCGGCGGCGAGACCUUGGUCUGCCCGACAGCAUCAAGAAAAUGUCCCACAGCCAGAUGACGAUGGAGAAGACCAGCCUGCAGAAGUGCUUGCUGUACUUUGAGAGUCUGCACGGGCGACCGAGCUCCCGGCAGGAGCGGACUCUGAUGAAACCCUUCUAUGAUCGAUACCGGCUCCUCAAGCAGCUGCUGCUCUCAUACGUGACGGCCACCGUCAUCACCACUAUUGAAGAGGAGGAAGACUCUGAUGAAGAACAGAGAAGUCCACGGCGGCAGCAGCUGUGGCUGAAGUCAUGCAGCUACGCUUCAGAGGACUCACAGGAGCAGCCGUCCUCAGAGAUCUCCGAGACGCCGCUGGUGUCGCCUCUGGAGGAGGUGAAGUGCGUCCAGCCUCAGACCAUCACCAUGGCAACCCUGCAUGAGGCCUCCAGGGCGGAAUUACUGGACCACCUGCGGACGGCUCGCUCGGAGAAACGCCGACUCCACCGAACUCUGCGGGAGUUUGAGGACCAGUUCUACUCCGAGACCGGCAGGGUCUGUCAGAAGGAGGACCGCGGCCCGAUGGCCGAGGAGUACUGCCAGUACAAGAACCUCAAGGCGAAGCUGCGGCUGCUGGAGGCCCUGCUCAGUAAACACCAGGACUCCACAGAGAGCAGUUGAGUUUCUCACAGUGGGCUUUGAAUGAGUCGUAACAUGCCGCUCCCGUCACGAUGAUGCACUUUACAUGAGCGACGGCGGUCUGAAUGAACGGCGGGCAACUGCAUGUCCAAGUCCCGAAAGCACAUGAAACCUGAUGUAGCAGAAGUAUGUUGUGUAGCUCCAAAUCAAGGACAAGAAUAUCAUUUCAAUGUUUGACAUUUCUUCUUCUAAACAUGGAGUCAGGAUUUUAAAAAGUGCGACCAUCGAGUCUGAGCCCAACGUUUAGGAUCACCACAGUACAAUCCGAGGAACAGUGAAGCUGCUGAAAGAAAAAGUGGCAGAGUCUGGUUCUUUUUUCACUGAAACGAGUGUUUAGUGUCCUGAACUUUUGGCUCUACAAUCCUGGCGUCUGUGCGCAUCUGUGUUCGUCUUACACUGUGCUGUGAUAUGCAUCCAAGUCAGUCAUGUUCGCCUCUGUGUGUAUGUUGGUGAACGUCAGCAUCUCAGUGCCAGAUAUACUUUUCUAAGUUGUGUUUAAGAUGCUUAUUAGAAGUCAAUUCCCUCCGACGCUAUUAUCGAUCAGAGCUUUCUUGUGCACUUCUGGUUUAUAUAUAUAUAUAUAUUCGAUAUCUAUAUAUUUAUAUAUGAAUGUAUCAAAAUAAAUAUUUUUUCA